GCCACGGUGCGUCCCGUGAGCCUUUGCGUCUUCCGCUCGUCACCUCCCGUCGCGCCCCACGCUUCCGCCCGGCGCUGCGCUUAACUUCCGCUUUCGCCCCGCCUCUUCCGCGCAUGCGCGACCAUGGCCCAGGGACAGCGCAAGUUCCAGGCGCGGAGACCCGGCAAGAGCAAGGCCGGCACGGCCGCCGCGGAGCGCAGCCGAGCCCCGAAGAAAGGCGGCCGCAUCAUCGCUCCGAAGAAGGCGCGCGUGGUCCAGCAGCAGAAAGUCAAGAAGGACCUGGAGGUGGCGAUCCGGAAGAAGAUUGAGCACGAGGUGACGAUGAAGGCAAGUUCCAGCCUGCCCAAGAAGUUGGCACUACUCAAGGGGAUGCCUGACAAGAAGAAGGGGGCAUCCUCUUAAAGACUCGGCCUUCUGUACCCCUCGCAGAGAGGACACAGACUCCCAAAACCACAGACUGUACCCCAGAGUGGAGCAGACCCAGAGAGCGGAAGAGGCACUUCCUAUGCUCCCCUAGUUCUCAAUAAACCUGAUUUUCUGCUC